UUUCCCUUAAGUAAAAAUCGGGUCUCGCCCCAAACAGAACACUUCACAGAAGCCUCCCCCAACUGCUGCUGCGACGGACGAAGAAGAAGACGGACGAACCGCCAUCUCCAACUCCGGCGCUCCUCCAUCUCCGGCGACUCCACUCCGGCAACCCUCCAUAUUCAUCUUCAACACUCUUUACUCCUUAUUCUAGAAGAUGGAUUUCUCAAGCUUCCCACUCGUGUGUCAUUGGGGAGGGAACUAUUAUGAGAAUGGUGGGCAAAUAUGCCAUGAAGGUGGCAGAACGAGCUUUGUCAUGGUUUCUCGUGGCGCUUGCAUGGUCGAGAUCCUUCAAAAAAUACAUGCAGCGACAAUGAUUCAUCUCGGCCGUUCAUUGCGGUUGAAAAUGAAAUUUCCCAUGAACGGGGGAAAGUACAUGCUUAUGCCGCUCAUUGAUGAGCUAGCUAUAACAAAUAUGUGGGGCAUAAUUCAGAUGGAGGAUAUGUCGUCGCUGGAGGUAUACAUUGAGGAAUGCUUUGACGCUAAUGCUACUCAAUCGACAUCAAAUGCUGGUGUAUCUAGGCAUGAUGUCAUUGCAGGGGUGAAUGCAGGGAAGUCGUCAAAGCAUCACAUUGUCACUCUUGAUUUAGGGCGAGGUAUAUUUCAGGUGGAGACCGGUUGUGGUGGCAGAACGUUGGGAAAGGGUGGGAGAAAACAAACUGUCCAUCUACAAUGGAAAACGUGCACUUGCAAAAAGAUGGAGAUAUACAAGAUUCCUUGCUCCCAUGUAUUAGCCGUGUGUAGACAACGUAGUUUGUCUUAUGCUCCAUUUGUGGAUAAGUUCUUCUCUUCUGACCAAUACGCCGCCACGUAUCAUAGGGUGUUCAAACCGAUUCCUGAUCGUGAUUAUUGGCCAAAUUACAAUGGACCCGAAAUCGUGCACGAUCCAUCCAUGCUUCGGGCAAAGGGAAGACCAAAGUCGACCCGUAUUAAGAAUGAGAUGGAUGAAGGCCCACGAGGAACGGUUAGAUGUGG